AUGGCCGCUCUGUUCAUCUUCGCCGUCGCGAUAGUCGUCGGGCUCCUGGUCCGGGAGCUGUACUCGUGGUAUCGUCUUUCCCACGUGCCGGGUCCUUUUUGGCAUGGGAUCACGGGCUUCUCGAUGGCUCGUGCCGCGUUGAACGGUUCCGUCCACGAGUACUACAUGGAGCUACACGAGCAAUACGGCCCUUUGGUUCGCAUCGGGCCGAAUACCGUCAUGUUCAGCGACGGCGACACUCUGAGGAAGAUUGCAGGCGCUCGAAGCCAAUACACAAAGGGCGAGUGGUACGCAGUCGGGAGGACGACACCAGGUGAAGACCACCUAUUUUCGAUGCGCGAUGAAGUGAAGCGCAAAUAUUUGAAGAGUAAAAUGGGGCCCGGUUACGCCGGGCUUGAGAAUGGCGGCUUCGAAGCUGGUAUCGACAAGACCAUCGCCGUCUUCGUGGAUCUGAUUGACCGAAAAUACAUCUCCACCGCCAAGGAGUUCAGGCCCAUGGACAUGGCAAGUAAGUCGACUUACUUUGCCUUGGACGUAAUCAGCGAACUUGGGUUCGGCACCCCGUACGGUUUCCUCAAGGAAGAUCGGGACUUGUAUCAGUACGUCAGCACAAAGGACGCCUUCUUCCCAGUGAUGAUCACAAUGGGAAACGUUCCUUGGCUGGCAGCCCUGAUGCAUAGCUGGCCUCUGAAUCUGGGCUUGCCGAAGUCUGGUGAUUCGGCCGGGUUCGGGGCUCUCAUGGGCUUUGCCAAAACCUUUGUGGACGGAAGACUGGCCCCGGGGACGAAGCCCGGGCGAGAUAUGAUUCAGUCUUUUAUCAACGCUGGCCUGACGCGCAAGGAGCUGACGCAGGAAGUUUACGUGGAGACGAUUGCCGGAUCCGACACCACCGCAACUGCCAUCCGCAUGAUCCUUCUCUGCCUCCUCUCUAACCCGCCCGCCUUCGUCGCGCUUCGCACAGAGAUCGACUCCGCCGUCGCCAAGAAGAUCAUCAGCUCGCCGAUCAAAGACUCGGAAUCACGAUACAUGCCUUAUUUACAAGCCGUGAUCCGCGAGGGCCUGCGUCUCUACCCGCCAUCCACCGGUAUCGUGAGCAAAGAAGUCCCUGUUGGUGGGGACGUUAUUCACGGGUACCGGUUGCCGGCCGGAACACAGCUGGGAGAAAACAUCUGUAGCAUCGGCAGAUCCGAGGAUGUCUUUGGGCCCGACGCACACCUGUUCAGACCCGAGAGGUGGAUCGAAGCGGCCAUGGAAACCGACGAAGAGAGGUACAGAGCGAUGACGGCGACGACGGAUCUUGUGUUUGGUUAUGGAAAGUUUUACUGCAUGGGGAGGAGCAUUGCACUGAUGGAACUGAACAAGAUUUUCGUCGAGCUCCUCCGCAGGUAUGACUUUGCUAUUGCAAAACCCGAGAAGCCUCUGAGGCUCUGGAGCGCCGGGUUCUGGAUAACACACGAUUUUUGGUUGAGAAUCAGCAAGAGAGAUAGCAGGUGA